GUGUUUUCAUUUUUUUAUUUCUCUUGGGUGUAGUGAGGAUCCGUAUACCACGCGAGCAGAAACCUGUGAUUUCACGCGUUCUGUCAAUGCUAUGUCAAAUGCCUUAUGAUUUACAUUAGAAAACCAUUAGAAAAUUUAAUACGGUGGUUAUUUACCUUUACAUUACGCAGUUCAUUUUAACAUAAAUAAGAUUACAAUUCAAAAAUCGGUGUAUGUGCGGUGUCAUAGAAUAGCAGCACCGCCCCAUCUCAUCCCAUGGGUGUUGUAAAGGUUGUCUAAGGAUGGUUCAACGGAGAAUGGUUAAGUGUUUUUUAGUAGGUAUCAUACCAAACUGACCUAUGAUCGUUAACUGGCGUUCCCUGGGUUGGUUGUGGGGCCGUGAGCUCGUUCACCUAUCUACGCAAAAAAAUGUAGUUUGCGUAUUAAUUGGGACAUUAAGCUCACAUCGAAUAUGUAAGAGAGCACUGGUAUGCCUCUUUAAACAGAAUAUUCACAAAAAAAUAUGAACCAAUAACAAAAUGCGUGAUACUUGUUUAUCGAAUUGUGAAAAGAAUUUCAUACAAAAGAUCGUAUCUCAAGGACAUCGCUUGGACGGUCGAAAUUUUAAUGAAACCCGAAAACUAGAUAUAUCAUUUGGUUCUGAAUAUGGUUGCUGUAUUGUGUCUUUGGGAGAAACGAAGAUCCUAUCAGAAGUCACAUGUGAAGUCGCUCAGCCAAAACAAAUAAGACCAAAUGAAGGCAUCAUAUUUAUUAAUGUUGAACUUAAUCCUAUGGCCGCUCCACAGUUUGAAGCCAAUAGACAAACAGAUCUCACUGUUUAUCUUGUAAGAUUAUUAGAAAAAUGUUACAAAGAUUCAAAAUGCAUAGACCUGGAAUCACUCUGCAUUGUAGUAGAAGAAAAGGUUUGGUCUUUAAGAAUUAAUAUUAAAGUUCUAAACCAUGAUGGUAACUUAACUGAAUGUGCAAGUAUAGCUACACUUGCCUCAAUAGCACACUUUAGGAGACCUGACUUUACAAGAGAUGGUGACCGAGUGAUUAUUCACACAUUAACUGAGAAAGACCCAAUACCAACAGUUUUGUAUCAUUAUCCUGUGUGUACAACUUUUGCAUUGUACAGUAAUGAUAUCUUACUCACCGAUCCUAAUUUCCUGGAAGAAUCAGUGUGUACAAGUAAUACAGAGGAAGGCAUCAACACUGCAGGAGGCCUCCUGGUUUUGGGAAUGAAUCAAUAUAGAGAAGUAUGUUUACUUGAUUUGACAGGAGCUGCAAUAUACACAUCUAAUAUAGUUCAUAAAGCGCUUCUGAGUGCUGCAGACAAAUGUAAAAAAUAUGUGGAAAUUAUAAAAAAUGCCGUUGCCAAGGAUGACAACUUGAGGCAAAAACGUGAAAAAAUAAACUUUUCAGAUAUUAUUACGACAGAACAUAUGCUUGCUUUAAGUAGAAAGGAUCUUAACAUACAACUCAAACACUAUGAUGUGACUGAAUUAGAUGAGAAAGAUGAAGAAAUGUUUAGUGAUGAGGAUGAUAUUAAACCAGAGCCAAGCAAAUAUGAUGUUGUUGCAACAGUUCCCAACACAGCGGAGUUGAAAUCAAAAGAAGGUAAAUCAGAGUGGAUAGAAGUAUCAUCAGAUUCUGGAGAGGAUUAAAGACUAAAUACAAAAUCAUUUGUGAAAUAAAAUGUAAUUUUACAUUUAAAUAUUAAAUAUAAUCUCUCUUAACAGUA